CGUUAUCAAGCUCAGCGGUCCCGAGGUAGUAGGGGAGGCACCUGCUACCCUUAGACAUGAGUGUGUCCCCGAUGCUGCCCUCGGGGGCCGAAGAGGAGCUGGAGAUGAUCUGGUCUGGCGUAGCCAACAGCACAGGUGAUCCGCCCGAGAAGAAUCUGGAGGCUGCGGCUGGGACCGAAGGCCCGGGGUUAGCCGGUACCAUCGCCAUCCAGUGCGUGUAUGCAUUGGUAUGCCUGGUAGGCCUGGUGGGCAAUGCACUGGUCAUCUUUGUGAUCCUGCGCUACGCCAAGAUGAAGACGGCCACCAAUAUCUAUCUGCUCAACCUAGCUGUGGCCGACGAGCUGUUCAUGCUCAGCGUGCCCUUCGUGGCCUCAUCGGCAGCGCUGCGCCACUGGCCCUUCGGCUCCGCGCUGUGUCGGGCUGUGCUCAGCGUGGACGGACUCAACAUGUUCACCAGCGUCUUCUGCCUAACCGUGCUCAGCGUGGACCGCUAUGUGGCCGUAGUGCACCCGCUGCGCGCAGCCACCUACAGGAGGCCCCGAGUGGCCAAGCUUGUCAACCUGGGGGUGUGGCUGGCUGCUCUGCUGGUCACGUUGCCCAUUGCCAUCUUCGCGGAUACCAGGCCAACCCGCAGCGGCCAAGCCGUGGCCUGCAACCUGCACUGGCCACACCGGGCCUGGUCGGCUGCCUUCGUGAUCUACACCUUCCUGCUGGGCUUCCUGCUGCCCGUGCUGGCCAUCGGCCUAUGCUACCUGCUGAUCGUGGGCAAGAUGCGCGCUGUGGCGCUGCGCGCAGGCUGGCAGCAGCGCCGGCGCUCCGAGAAGAAGAUCACCAGGCUGGUGCUGAUGGUGGUGGCCGUCUUCGUGCUCUGCUGGAUGCCCUUCUAUGUGGUGCAGCUGCUGAACCUUUUUGUCACCGGCCUGGACGCCACCGUCAACCACGUGUCACUCAUCCUCAGCUAUGCCAACAGCUGCGCCAACCCCAUUCUCUAUGGCUUCCUCUCCGACAACUUCCGACGCUCCUUCCAGCGUGUGCUCUGCCUGCGCUGUUGUCUCCUGGAUACUGUGGGUGGCGGCGGCGGCGGUGCUGAAGAGGAGGCCCUGGACUAUUUCGCCACAGCAGCCCUCAAGAGCAGAGGUGGGGUGAGGUGCAUCUGUCCGCCGCUGCCCUGCCCGCUAGAGCCUGCCGCACAGCCUUCGCCGCUGCAACCACCAGAACCCGGCCACAAGCCGAUGCCAUCCACCGGAACCACCACGUUCUGAAGAGCUCUGUGCCACCCUUCAAUUCAGCCCUCCACACCUGCUCAUGAAUUUGACCCCAUGAAGUACCAGCUGUUGCUGAUAAAGCGUCUCCCAGAGGAGUCAGUGACGCCCUCUAGAGCAUUCAGACCUAGGCUCCUCUCCCAUGCCCCUGGCUUACCAGGAGGACCCCUCCGAGAGGGUAGGACUCCUCUGGGACCUGGGCUAGAGGGAAGCAGGAAGUGACCAGGGAAACAGUGACACCUGCACGCGUGUAACUUAAUGGCUGCAGCUGGGGAAUCAUGGACAGGAAGGGUGAGGCUGUGCCCUGGCUCUGUCUGCCGACUUUCUCGGCCUUGUUGUAGGGAUGCAGUGUGCAGGGGAGGGAGGGAAGAAGAUGCUCAGAGUUGGCUCCCUUCCUUUCUGUUCCCCUGCUGUCGUUGCUAAGUGAGAUUUCUGUGUAGCAGUCUGCUGUCCCCUUCCUCCUCCCACCUCAGCCCCAACA